UUUCUAGAAGAUUGUCAGGGAAUACCUCCCUCUUCUCAUACACUCCUCCCUCCUGGACAGCAACGUCCACUCUGAGACAUUGUUCCCGCAUGACACAGCGGACGACGAAAACGUGAACGUGACCCGAACACCAGACGACAACGACAGCACUCUCCACUGCCUCGACCACAACUACCUCCUCGCCCCUGGAUGCCCACAACUCCCUCCACCUUCACAAUGUCCACCGAAACCCCUCCCUCCCGCUCCGACACCCGCUCCUCCUCCAUCUUCCCCGAUCUCCCCAAAAUCCCACACUUCCAACCUGCGCCGCGAACCCUCUACCAAAAAGUCCACAAUCGCCCGCGAUGGCUGCUCGUCCUACAAGCAGGUCUCUGGCGCUUCCUCAUGUCGAUCGGCAUGUUUCUACAUCGUCUCGCACCUCCGCGACCGAAAAAGGCAAACUUCCACCGCACCUUCACAAGUACCCUCGCAGGCAAGCAGGGGGAUAUUACAUUGUAUUUCUAUGUACCCGCGGACUGGGCGACGCAGAGGGAUUUGAAUAGGCGAUGGGAUCAUUACCCGGUGGUGAUCAAUUUCCACGGAGGAGGCUUCACGCUGGGUUCUCCACAUGACGAUGCGAGGUGGUGUCGGACGGUGGUGGACAACAUGAAUGCUGUGGUGGUUUCGGUGGACUACAGACUUGCGCCGGAACAUCCCUUCCCGACGGCGGUCGAGGACGGCGUGGACGCGGUGAUUUGGCUGCAUAACCACGCGGCGGAGUUUGGAAUUUCGAGGGAAAAGAUUUGUUUGAGUGGGUUCUCGAGUGGAGCGAAUAUGGCGUUUACAGUGCCGUUGAGCACCACAUUCCACGAACAAAACCUCCAACACUCCCACAUCCACAUCGCCUGCAUAGUCCCCUGGUACCCCUCCCUCGACUACACCCGCACCCGCCACGAGCGUCGCGCAACCUGCGUUCGGGCGGAUCAAGAACUCCCCGCCCUCUUCACCAACCUUUUCGACGACUCCUACCUGCACCCACCGGCCGCCGUGUCCCUCGACUCACCCUAUCUCUCCCCGGGCGUGGCUCCCACGAGCUUACUCAGAGAAGGAUUGCCGAAGGAUGUUAUUAUGCACACGUGUGAAUGGGACAUGCUGCUCGAUGAAGGACAGGCGUUUCACAACCGCCUCUCCGCACCCGACAUCGGGAAAGAUGUGGUGUAUAAUAUGGUCCCUGGGGUGCCGCAUGGAUGGGACAAGGCGCCGAAUCCGUGGAAGCCGACGCCGGGGGUGAGGGAGUGGUAUUUAGGGGCGAUUAGGGAGAUGCAGAGGGUGCUGGGGGAGCAACCGGUGAAGGGGAGGAGUAGGAGUGUAGUCGGGGGAAGGUCGAGGAGUGCGGCUGGGAGGAGGAAGAGUGGGUUGAGUAGGACGAGGGAGGAGGAUGAGGGGAGGGAGACGGGAAGAACGGAGAGUGUCAGUGGGCAUGGGGCUUUGCCUUGA